GUUGUGAGCGUGAAGUGGAGGUUCGGAGAGGGGGAGGUGCCAAGCGGCAUGUGGAGGCUGAACGAAGGGGUGUAGGGUCUGAAGAUUUUUUGUCGCACAAAAGACGAGAGGAGCAACAAGGCGAACGUCAGAGACGAGAGAGAGGUAGAGGACUGAAAAAGAGAAAAGUAGAGGACUGAAAAAGAGCAAAGUAGAGGACUGAAAAAGAAAAGUAGAGGACUGAAAAAGAGAGGUAGAGGUUGACGGCUGAAGAUGUUAUUACUUCUACGUGGAGUGAGUCUGCGCUGCUGGCUCACCUUGGCCACAGGACUGGUGGAGUGCCUGUUUUUCACUGGGGUUGUUUAUGGGUGGCCCUCCCUGGUGUUUAUCCUGAAAGCCAGUGGAUACUUCAGCGACCAGUGUGAGAAUGCCACAGGACCCAAUGGCACACAGUACAUGGACUGCAGCAAACAGGACGAGCUCUUCUCCCUGGAUUUCACCAUCGCCAGCUUCUUACAGAGGUUUAUUGGUCUUCUUAGUGGAUUCCUAUUUGACCGCUUCGGCACCAUGGCAACCAGACUGCUGGCAAUAACUCUGUACACCACUGGUACCUUAAUGAUUGCUUUUUCGCAUCCAGAUAUAUCUUUUAUACUCUUUCCAGGUCUGUCCUUCAUCGCAUUUGGAGGCAUAAUGUUGAUUCUUACAAACAUCCAGGUGGGGAACCUCUUUCAUGCUCAUCGUUCCACCAUCUCUACCUUGUACUUCGGAGCCUACAUCUCCUCUGCCAUCAUCUUCCUCAUUGUCAAGGUGGCAUUUGAAAAAGGGAUCUCUCUGCAACAUGCUUUUUUCUUCUUGUCGGCAUGCAGCAUAAUCCACCUCAUGAGAACCUUCAUCCUCAUGCCAAAGAUGCACAUCCCCUACCCCCUCCCUGAGGGCUACACUUAUGGGACAGCCCAAAGCUGUGGACAGACCAAAUGCAACACCUGUUGUUUCCCCAAAAGAACAAGAGACAACACAGAGCCUGUACAGGGAGAGGAAGGGAUAGAGAACGCAACAUCUGAACAAGGAAACCCCCAGCAGACCCCACAGACAGUAGACAGUUUUAAGCAGUGUGUGCUCAGCUGUUUUUUUCUGUGGCACCUGGUGUGGUCGUCAGUCAUGGCUCUGCGAAUCAGCCUGUUCAUUGGCACCCUGAACCCCAUGCUGACCCAGCUGGCUCAUGGAGACACAGCCCAAGUGAGCCACUACACCGACAUCUUUGCCUACACACAGUUCUGUGGGAUACUGUGCGCCCCCUUGAAUGGCCUGAUCAUUGACAGAUUCAAGGGCAAGCAACGGGCCCCAGGAGAGACGGAGGAGGAGAGUAACCUGCGCUCUGUGGUGCCCUCCCUCUUCCUCACUGCCCUGCAGUGCCUCUUAUUCUCCAUCUGCGCCACCAUACCUGUGCUCCCGCUGCAGUACCUGACUUUCGUCCUGCAAGUGUUUGCACUUUCCUUUGGGGUUGGAGGGAAUGCAGCCUUCAUCAGCAUUGUUUUUCCAGUCUGCCACUUUGGUAAGCUGAAUGGUGUGGUUAAUGCUGUAUUGUCUGUGGUGUUGCUCCUGCAAUUCCCCUGCAUCAUCCUGGUGAAUGAGGUAUUGGAUGGAGACCCAUUAUAUAUAAACAUAGCCCUGUGCAUCCUGUGCCUGGCGCCAUUCAUUCACCCGGCCUAUGUCUAUAUCCGCUGGCGGAGAUUGGCCAAUCAGAGAAGACACUCUGCCCACCCAUCUCCCAACGAUGAGCACGCCUUCUCUGGAGACAAUGAAGACCAACCCCAGGAUGUCCCAGGCUCCUCUUAGACACCCCCAAAAUGAACACUCACACUGGGUGUUCUGGCUUGGUUUUGGCUUCAUCUUUCUUGUUUCUGUACAGUGUCUCUGCAAAAAGUGUUUUUACGAACAAAAUUGACACAUUGAAUGUAAUGGCAGGGUACGCUGUUGGGAUGUCACAGUGUGAUCACUUUGGUAGCCGGUAUACAGUAUGCUAUGUAUACUUAUACCAUUUUAUACUGGUACAUUCAUCAUUCUUUAAAAACAACCAGUAUAUCAUUAUACAGUUACAAAUAAGGACACGUUUUUUCCAGUAUAUGUUCAUUGGAGGUUAAACUGAUAUUUUGUUCACAAUAUUUAUGUUGAUUUCCAGACACAAACUUCCUACUUAUGCUUGGCAGACCUAUCCCUACGGGUGCACUGUUCCUUGCAGUGUUAAUUGCCACCAAUGCAACCUACCUACCUACAUAUCGAGCACCUGCCUACCCACUUUAAUCAGAAAGCUUCAGAUCUGUUACAGUGAGCUCCAUAAUGUUUUGGAAAAAAAUAUUUUGUACUUGGCUGUAUUCCACAAUUUUAGAUUUAGAUUGUAAUAAAAAACA